UAGAGUCUGAUAUAAUCCAUAACAUUCCAACUUGGUGGGUGUUCAUAACUUUCCAUUCACCAUCUACCCUUUGGUCAAGGAACCAAGCUCUCAAAUGCUCUCUUCCAAAUGUACAUCUUCAUCUUUCUUGUUCUGGUACUGAAUUCAAGUCUGCCCUGUGUGAACUCUGCAGGACAUGCAGAGUAUGAAGUCCCAAAGAGAGAAAUGGAAGCUGCCGGUUCUUCUGCUUUACCGUCCUGUCCACUGAACUUCGAUUAUCUCAGCAAGCUCAUCAGUGGGAGCUCACAGCGGCUCCAGCUGCUGGACGUCCCGACCGAGUGUGGCUUCAUGCUCCAGGCGCUCCGGCUGGUCCGCUCGGAGUAUCUCCGCACCACUGGAUACUUCUUCCCGCCUCCCAACUCGUCUGAGGCCUGUUGGGAUGCGUACCAGAGCGUCAUCAAUUACAAAAUUGCUGGGUUCAAAGUGCAGUCCACCUGCGGGUUCAAGACCAGCCUUAUGUCUGAGACCUGCGCGUAUGUCACGACCAGAUCAGAUUUCGAAAGGCUCGUGUCAGGAAUCGAGCUGAGCAACAUCCAAAAGUUCUGCAAUCAGUCCCUGGAUGACACGUCUGCCUGCACGUUGUGCACGGACAGCUUGGCCCGCGUGCAAGGGUCAUAUUUCGGGGGUCCUAACAAUGGGAACAAGUCAGACUGCAGCGGAUAUCCAUUCAUCUAUGCCGCGGCAUACGCCGAUCAGUUCACACUGACCAAUGAAGGGGACCUCAAGUGCUUGUUUUCGCUUGAUUUCAGCGCAGACAAGAAGAAGAAAAGAAAGUAUGGGGUGGUUUUCUGGGGAAUUGUCUCGGGUUGCACCAACGGCUUCUUCGGUGCAGUGAUUGUGAUUUGGCUGUGUUGGACAUGGCAUUGGAGGAAGAGAAUGAUGAGAAAUAGCUUGGCCCAGGUGGAAUCGGGCAAUGCUGGUUCAGGAAUGGAGAUGAGUCUGAUGAGGAAUGCAAGUGCCAGAGUCAUCAGGUUCACCCUUGAGGAAAUCAGGAAGGCCACGAACAACUUCUCUAGGGACAACAUAAUUGGGAGGGGUGGAUAUGGGAAUGUCUACAGGGGACUGUUGAAAGAUGGGUCAGAGGUUGCCCUCAAGAGGUUCAAGAACUGCUCUGCCAAUGGCGACGGGGCGUUCGCGCAUGAGGUAGAGAUCAUUGCCAGCAUCCGGCAUGUCAAUCUCGUGGAACUGAAAGGCUACUGCACUGCGACCGUCCCCGUGGAAGGCCACCAACGAAUCCUCGUCUGCGAAUUGGUGCGCAGUGGGAGCCUCUUCCACCACCUCUUCGGGCAGGAACAGAAGCCUCUGAGUUGGCCUGCCCGUCGGAAGAUUGCCCUCGGGACGGCACGGGGGUUGGCCUACUUGCACUAUGGCGCACAGCCCACUAUAAUCCACCGGGAUGUGAAAUCGAGCAACAUACUCCUGGACGAGGCUUUUGACCCGAAACUCGCCGAUUUUGGCCUCGCCAAGUUCACCCCCGAGGGCCAGUCGCACGUGAGCACCAGAGUGGCCGGCACCAUCGGGUACGUGGCCCCUGAGUGCGCAUUGUACGGGCAAUUGUCGGAAAGGAGUGAUGUGUACAGCUUUGGAGUCGUGCUCCUAGAGCUACUAAGCGGGAAGAAGGCGGUCAUUUCGGUUGAAAAAGGCGAGGCAUCGCUCCUGGCAGAUUGGGCUUGGUCCCUCGUGAGGGGAAACAGUCCUUUGGACGUCAUCGACGAGAGGAUACCGAAUUUGGACGCCCCGGAGGAAAUGGAGAAGUAUGUUCUGCUGGCAGUGCUUUGCUCUCAUCCAGUGGUGUAUGCUAGGCCCACCAUGGACCAUGUUGUGAAGAUCCUGGAAAGCGAUUCACCCGUGCCUCCGAUACCUGACCGCCCGAUCCCCAUACUAGCAGAGAUCGAGAGCAUGGAGCAAACAGAAAGCUCAAGUGGCUCGUACUACUUCAUGACGAGCCCCGGCGAGUUACGGCCAUUUAUGGUUAAAGGUCACACAUUCAAUUCUGAAACAGGAUGAGAUCCUGAACAAUGAAUGUCUAGUUUGCUGGUAGGAAACUUUCAAUAUGUCACCGAGGCUCAAUUUUACAGCAAUUGCUCAUUUUCUUCUGGGGUUUUUGUAGUACAUAUAUGUGAGAAGAAACAGUAUUCUGGGAAUAGCUUGAUUCUUUCAAUUAAAAUCAUGUAAAGGUGAUGUGUAAAUGAGUACCCGCAUUUGUUGCCU